AUUCACAUAGAAGCCCUCACCAUCAUCUCCAUUUCUAAAGCCUCUCUCUCUCUCCAUUGCUUCACUCUCGCCAUCAAAUCCCCAAACCCCUCCUCCUUCUCUCCAAGUCCUCGUCUUGGUUGUCGCAAUCAUUCGUGGGGCGCGUUAAUCCCUCCCCAAAUUCUGUGGCAGCCAGCUUCCCCGCUUGCUUGGAUUGGAUUUCUCCAAGAUUGAUUCGUUCCCUCCCAAUUCUUCACUUCCUCUAUCCAUUUCCAAUCCAAUCUUGGUUUUUUGCAUUGUUUCCUCCCGAUUUGUCUUCCUCUCGCUCUCCCUCUCCCACCAUAUCUUGGACUCGGUCCUAUCUGUCCGUGCCUCGCUUCCAUCGCCAUUGCUCUUUUGCUGCUAAAGUCUUCUCUUUGGAGGGAGAGACUGGGACUGGGAGCUAGCUCGCCCUUGUGUUGUUCAGGGAGUAAAUGCGCGUCCUUGGUGGUGCUUGGUCCCAGCAUUUUCCGCCCCAAAUCUCGUCCUUGCUGCCCCGACUUAAGUGGUGGAGAUUCCGUCACCGGCGGUCGUAGAUGAGGAGGAGGAGAUCCUCCUCCUGAUCUACUCUUCUUCUUCUUCUUCUUCUUCAGCUCCUGGCUGCUGCUGCUCCACUCCCCCUGAUCCCCCUGCAGGAGCAUGGAUUUCUUGGCCUGCGUCUGCCUCCUCCACCUGCUCUUCUUGGCCACUUCCCGGGUGGCGGCGCAGGCGUCGUCGCCGGCCAGGGCCCUGGACGCAAUGCUGCAGGACCACGCGUACCGGGCCUUCGUGCACCCGCACACUGGCAUUGUCUACAACGCCACCGUCCCGGCCAACCUCACCGGCGUCGCCCUGUCCGCGGUCCGCCUUCGCAGCGGCAGCCUGCGGAGGAAAGGUUUCUCCGACUACUUCGACUUCACCGUCCCCACCGGCAUCGUCGUGCAGCCGUACGUCGAGAGGGUGGUGCUCGUCUACCACAAUCUCGGCAAUUGGUCUGACCACUACUACCCGCUGCCCGGGUACACAUACCUCUCGCCGGUGCUCGGGCUGCUUCUCUACGACGCGGCCAACUUGUCGGCGGUGGGGUUGCAGGAGCUGAGCUUUGUCGCCUCCGGGAGCCCAAUUUCUAUAAAUUUCAGUGAUGUUAGAUCGGUGCCGGCAGGCGGUCCAGCUCCUCGGUGCGUGUGGUUUGAUUUGGAUGGUGUGCCACAAUUCCGGGACUUAGAGGCAAGCAAUGUGUGCUCGACGUACCGCCGAGGGCAUUUCUCGAUAGUGGUGAACUCUAGCGCGAUUCCUCCUGGUCCAGUGCCUUCAGGCAACAUUACACCGCCAAUACCGACUCCUACAGGUCGUUCUAAGGGCAGCUCCAAGGGGUGGAAGAUUGCUGUUGGCGUGGUUGGGGGCGUCAUAGCAUUGGUCCUGUUGGCGUCGCUUGUGGUUUGUUUGGCAAGGUACAAAAGAGAUAAGAAAUUGGAACUGAUGGAACAGAAUGCAGAGACUGGGGAGACAUUGCGUAUGGCACAGGUUGGGAGGUCACAAGCGCCUGUAGCACUGGGGACAAGAACACAACCGGUGAUUGAGAGCGAGUAUGUUGCAUAGAUGUUUUCUUGACAUUUCAGCGGAAUUCAGGCAAGCAUGGGAUUGCUCUUCGGUCGGAUGAGGCAACAAGUGUUCCAUAUCAAUGAGUGCGGCACAAAUUGCUAGAUUGAGGAGCUCUUUUCAUCUCCAAGCAAGCAAUGGGGAAGAAAUGGUUGUUGUGUCAGAUUUGGAAUCCCUUAUUUUUUGGAUUGCUGUAUUCAAAAGGAUAUGGGCUUGGCAAUAAAGGUGAGGGAAUUUUAUUGUGCAUUUCAUUUUGCUACUUCAGUGAAAUUCGUUCAAGCUUAAGCGAUUUCGUUUUUGUGUAUUUUGGCUCCUCAUGUUUAGAGACCUUGUAAGGUACAAUUGUACAUGUUUAGUUGUUUAAUUGAUUUGAUAACUAGUCUGAUAAAUUAGAUUUCAUCCUUGCUUGUUUUAACCACCAGUCUGUAUGCUGUGACAAAUUUCCAUCAUAUUCUUCCUAGUUAUCUUCUUCUAGGUCAGACAUUAUGGCCAAUCUCUAAAGAAAUAUUAGAAGUCUAAACACGAUACUUACCAGAAUUAUUCUUCAGAACUAAUAUGAUAUCCUUUUAGUUCCUGUUGGCCUGAGUUUCUGUUGAUCAUAUUUCUCUUUUAGCAGCUUGAAUUUAAGCAUUUGAAACAGAAAAAUAAGGUUAUUAUAAGUAUAAUCUGAUGGCAGGCGAUGAAUUAAACAGAGGGAUUGAAGAAAGCUCUGUUAGCAAAAUGAAUAAGUCUGUAUCUUUUUCCUUGGUUUAAUUUCGGUUGGUCUACUUUUGUCAAGCGUAGAGGUGUCAUUGGGGAUUUGGAUGAUCAAUGAGGAAGACAAUAUGCGUUCUAUCUGUAUAAAUUAGUGGCAAUAUGUUACAUAAUUCAUUUGUUU